AUGUCCGUUCCGGCCUUCAGCGACAUCCCCAAGUCGGCCAACGACCUCCUGAACAAGGACUUCUACCACGCCGCUGCUGCGGUCCUUGAGGUCAAGCUCAAGUCCCCCAACGGCGUCGCCGUCACCACCAAGGGCACCUCGGCCCACGAUGGCCCCAUCAACGGCUCCGUCGAGGGAAAGAAGGCUCUUUCUAACGGUAUAUCCAUCCGACACCUCUCUUUAAUGGCACCCAUCAGAAAAAAAAACGGCAUCAGCUGCAAUUUCAUACUCCUGGGGGUGCCGGGCCCGCCAGAGGCCCAUGGCUUAGGACUAUCGGGGCUAAUGCGCAUCUCGACGAAUACAGGCAUCACCGUUACCGAGUCCUGGAACACCGCCAACGUCCUGAACACCAAGGUCGAGCUGGACAACACCUUCACCAAGGGCCUGAAGGCGGAGCUCUCCUCGGUCUUCGCGCCCAGCUCGGGCAACAAGGGCCAGAAGCUCAACCUGACCUUCAAGCAGCCCGCCUUCCAGACCCGCGCCUUCUUCGACUACUCGGCCGCCGGCAACCUGACUGCCGUCGUCGACGGUGUCGUCGGCCACGAGGGCUUCCUCGUCGGUGGUGAGGCUGGCUACGAUGUCCAGAAGGCCGCCAUCACCCGCUACUCGGCUGCCGUCGGCUACCAGACCCCUCUCUACAGCGCCGCCAUCACCGCCACCAACAACCUGAACGUUUUCACCGCCUCCUACUACCAGAAGGUCAACGCCGCCGUUGAGACCGGCGCCAAGGCUUCCUGGGACGCCAAGGCCGGCUCCGCCGUCGGCAUCGAGCUUGCCAGCAAGUACAAGCUCGACCCCCUGUCCUUCGCCAAGGCCAAGAUCAACGACCGCGGCAUUGCUUCCCUUGCCUACAACACCAAGAUCAACCAGGGCUUCACCUUCGGCAUCGGCGCGUCUCUCGACACCCAGAAGCUCAACGAGGCUGGCCACAAGAUUGGCGCUUCCUUCACCUUCGAGGGUUAA